AUGGCGACCACUAAAGGUACCGAGUACUCCUUGACCUUAAAAACUGGUGACCGAGAUAGACCUAUGCUUCUUGAAGAAGACGUGUUCAUUCGAUUCUAUAACAAGAAACAGGUCAAGUCUCACCAUAUCAAGAUAGCGAUUGAUGAGUUAGAAAUAGGCCAAACAAAAGACUUUAAAUUCGUGAUCGAGGAUCAAAAAUUUGGGGACCCACUCUACAUCGAGCUUCAACGGGAGAACAAGUGGCUGCGUCAUGGCAGGUGGUUGUGCGACUACGUUAAGUUGGCGAAAGUCAACAGCGAUGAGGUUUUCAUGUUUCCCGUCAAUCGCUGCGUUUGGGCGGGAUCGACGCUAAAACUGAAGGAGUAUGACACCUCGUUACCGCAGGAGGACGCUAACUCGGAACAACGACGAACAGAGCUGAAGAAAAAGGAAAUCUUCUAUGACACAUACAAGAGCGAGAAAACGGGUAUGAUCAUGGUUCGCCAUAUUCCUUAUGGUGAAGCGUUCUCCUUUAGAUACAAGUGGGACAUUGAGACGGAGGUGUUCAAACUGAUUGCCAAGUCUGCUUGGUUGGAAUGGUCAACAGGGAAGUGUGAAACCCUUGAGGAUAUAGAGAAACUGUACCGCCCGCCAUUACUACCAGUACCAGAGGGGUUUUAUCAUUGGAAAUCGGAUCAGCAUUUCGCCAACCAACGACUAACCGGGUGCAACCCAGCCAUGAUCCGACUUUGUACUCAAAUACCUGAGAAUUUCGCAGUUGAUGCCAAGCAGUUGGAAUCUCUUCUGAAUGGAUCGACGAUCGAUAAGGUAAUCAAUGAGAAGCGACUCUUCAUAGUUAACCAUGAGCUGGUCAAGGAUCUGCCUUGCAAGGAGGGGGUUUUGUGUGCUCCUAUUGCACUAUUCUUCGUCAAUGGUGAAGAUAACUUGAUGCCGAUCGCCAUACAGCUCUUUCAACAUCCAGCUCCAACCAAUCCGGUGUUCUAUCCAACUGACCCGGAAUACACGUGGAUGAUGGCCAAGUGCUAUUUCAACUUAGCAGAUGCUUCUAUCCAUGAAGCAUCCUCUCAUUUGGGCUUCACUCAUCUCAUCGGGGAAAUUGUCGUCAUAGCAACCAAUCGUUGUCUGUCUCCGUCUCAUCCGAUCUUUCGGCUUCUAGCUCCGCACUUUCUCUACCUUCUUGCAAUUAACAAGAUCGGUAUGGGACCUUUGCUAGGAGCACAUGGCUUACUGAGUGACAUCAUGACAUGCGGAAGCACUGGAUUGUCCGAGAUAAUCAAACGGAAAAUCGUCGGCGACUAUGAACUGCAAGAAUGGGCCGCAUUCCUUGCAAGUCAGGGCAAUGAUGACACUGUUGGAGAGGGCGCCAAUGGCAUCGAAGCUAAGGGCGGCAUAAAGGGACUCCCCAACGAUGGUCACUUCAAAACAGCGAAGGAGAUCUCGGAAGUCGUGACCAGUUUCAUCUUCAUCUUCAGCGCUACUCAUGCCUCGGUCAACUUCGGCCAGUAUGACAACUACGCUUUCCCACCGGCCUAUCCUGGAUGGAUGAAUGGACAACCCCCUCAGGACAAGACUGCUCUCACGGAGAAGGACCUGAUAGCCAAGUUGCCAAACAAGAAGAAGAUACUGAAGACCAUGAGCUUCACUAAGCUACUUAGCAUGCAUGAUACAUGUGCACUGGGAGACUUCGAAGUGCAGUACCUCUUCGAUCCAGUCAGUUUGGGAGCAUUGGAUAAGUAA